CUUUCUCUAAUGAAAUACCGCGGCCUUUCAACAUUUUGAGCGGGGUGGCUUCUUAUCGAGAUAAGAUCGGCAGUUGUCAUGGCAGUUGAUCGCCUUUAACACAAGCGCCCAAUCCUCUUCUUCAUUCUGCAUCUCAAAAUGUUUGCUACUCUCUUCGCCUUGGGCGUUGUUGUUGCGCUUUUUUAUGUGGCAUUGUCAUUCCCGCGGCUUCGACAAGAAUGGAAGCUUCAUUCGCAUCGUUCUCAGCUGCCGCCGGGGCCCAAAACCAUCAAAGUUGGUAUCAGAAAACCGUGGCUGUGGUUUGAGGAGCUUAGUCGGGAAUAUGGAGAUGUAGUCUACCUCCAGCUUGGGCCAACUCCCACGAUUGUGUUGGGUUCCGCCCAGGCAGCUUGGGAUUUGUUGGAGAAGCGAGGUGCCAUCUAUUCCUCUCGACCUCGGUUCAUCAUGGGAGGUGAACUGUUGUCAGGAGGGAUGAGAGGACUCAUGGCUCCGUAUUCCUCGUACUGGCGACGUUGGCGAAAGUUGUUGCAUGGAGGUUUCAUGCAACGCCAGAGCGAAACCUAUCGACCGAUCCAGAGUUUGGAGUCCAAGGUACUGAUGCACGAUCUUUUGACGGACCCUACCGGCUUUCGAACACAUCUGGAACGAUACGCAGCUUCAGUCAUUGUCACUGUCACAUAUGGGCGAAGAGUUGAAGACGUCACAACCGAUAUUGUGGUCCGCCGGAAUGCCGAGUCAAUGGAGCGUCUAACAAUGGUCAAUAUUCCUGGAAAGUUUGCAGUAGAGCGGUAUCCCGCGUUGAAAUACGUUCCGGCCAUUUUUGCACCUUGGAAAGCAGAAGUUCUCCAGCAACGUCAAAAGGAUAUCAAAAUGUACACCGAGCUCAUGGACGAAGUCCGUGAAAAAGUUGCACAAGGAACUGCGCCGGCGUCUUUUGCGAAGCACUUGCUUGACGAACAAGAAAACCUUGGAAUGUCAGAUCUUGAACUUGCCUAUACCGCAGGAUCUCCAUUUGGGGCUGGAGUAGAAACAUCUGCCGGUUCUCUUGCCAGCUUCUUCCUUGCUUGUGUCAAGUUCGGUCCUCAGUUUAUCCCACGAGCGCAAGAGGAACUUGACAGAGUUGUCGGAUUCGAUCGCCUUCCCACAUUCGAUGACUUGCCCAAAUUGGAGUACGUGAGAGCAAUUGCCUCGGAAACAUUGCGCUGGCGACCUGUGGCGGUACUAGGAGGAACUCCUCAUGCAAGCACGGCAGACAACGUGUACAAAGGGAUGUUUAUUCCCAAGGGGAGCACGAUUAUUGCGCCUCUCUGGAGUAUCCAUCACAAUGAAGCCGACUUUCCUGAACCCGACGAGUUUCGACCGGAGCGCUUCAUAGAAGAACGAAACUAUCCCGGCACAUUUGGUCACAGCGCUUUCGGAUGGGGUCGACGCAUCUGCCCUGGCAUGCAUCUAGGUUCUGCUUCGGUAACACUCAACAUUGCACGCAUACUCUGGGCGUUUGAGGUGAAUCCAGACAAAGGACUUGACGGGAGGGAUGUGGAUGUUGACAUAUUCGCCUUUUCUGAAGGAUUCAACUCCUCCCCGCUUCCGUUUCCCUGCUCCAUCACGCCCCGCUCUUCAAGGCAAGUGGAGGUGAUUGAGAGAGAUUUCGAAGACGCCAUGGAACAGUUGAAAGCAUACACUGCGGCUACAAACAAGCUAUCUUGAGUUCGGGUCAGGCUAGUCUACAUAUUACUUGCAAAUUCAUUCAACGAGUUAAU